CCCUCCACAAUGGGUGCAUUAAUUGCCAAGAUGCUGCUCCCUACAGUCAGCAGCCUGGUGUUCCUGCCUACAGCCAGCGUGGCUGCCAAGAGGGGCUUUCACAUGGAGGCCAUGGUCUACUUCUUCACCAUGUUCUUCACUGCGAUCUACCAUGCAUGUGAUGGACCAGGCCUCUCCAUCCUGUGUUUUAUGAGGUACGAUAUUCUGGAGUACUUCAGUGUGUAUGGCACUGCACUCUCAAUGUGGGUCACCCUGAUUGCUCUGGGUGACUUUGAGGAACCUCAGCGCUCCACGAUCACAAUGUUUGGAGUGUUGACCAUUGCUGUGAGGAUCUACCAGGAUCGCUGGGGUUACGGCAUUUAUUCUGGACCCAUUGGGUCGGCUGUCUUCAUCAUCACUGUCAAAUGGCUGCAGAAGAUGAGGCAGUUGCGAGCAGUGUACCCAGAAAAAAAGGUGUACACACAGCAGGUUGGUCCAGGUUGCUGCUUUGGCGCUCUUGCUCUCAUGCUAAGAUUCUACUUCGAGGAGUGGGACUAUGCCUACGUUCACAGCUUCUACCACCUGUCUCUAGCUGUGUCCUUUGUCCUGCUGUUACCCAAGAAAAAUCGCUACGCUGGAUCGGGCCAGAAUGCCGCUAAGCUCAGCUGCUUCACCCUCUGCUGCUGCGUAUGA